AAGAAUCUGUGAUUUGUUCAUUCUUUUGAACCUUUAUUUAACUGACAAAAGUACAAAGAAAAUAUUUUUAGUGUUGACUGUAUUUUGUAAAUAUAAACAAAUUGAUUUUGAUGGCUGCAACACACUCCAAAAAUGUUGGGACAGGGACAUGUUUACCACUGUGUCACAUCACCUUUCCUUUUAAUUACACUUUUCAAUUAUAUGGAAAUUGAGGAUACUAAUUGUUGCAGUUUUGCAAGUGGAAUUUUUGCCCAAUCUCACCUGAUAAAAGACAGCUGUUCAACAGUCUCUGGGCAUCGUUGUCUGAUUCUCCUUUUCAUGAUGGGCCAUAAUUUUUCAAUAAGAGACAGAUCUGGACUGCAGGCUGGCCAGUCAGUGUAGAGUGUCUGUGAAACCACUCUGAUGUAGCACGUGCAGAAUGAGGCCUGGCAUUGUCUUGCUUCCCAGGAAAGAUGUCAUCUUGAUGGCAGCAGAUGUCUGUAUAAUACCAAUAUAUGCCUCCACGUCAAUGGUACCUUCACACAUAUGUAGGUCAUCCAUGCCAUUUGCACUGAUGCACCCCCAUACCCUGACAAAUGUUUGCUUUUGCACCUGUCGCUGAUGAUAGUCUGGAUGGUCCCUUUGGUUUUUGGGACUGAAAGCUUGAUGACCGUUUUUUCCAAAAACAUGCUGAAACAUGGACUUAUCUGACCACAGCACACAUUUCCACUGUCUUGUGGAGCAUUUGAGAUGAGCUUGGGCCCAAAGAACAUAUGCGUACAAUAUAUGCGUAUGUAACCCUGAAGGAGGGAAUGGAGACGUCACAUCGAGUGAACAGACAAAUUGGGAAUUUCGCUAUAGAGACUAUAGAUCUACUUCGAAUGUAAAUAAAUGAGCCAAUGCACAUGCAACUUUUGCAUCUGACUGCCUACCCUGCAGUGUGGGAAUAAAUAGGCAGCAGGUGCAAUGCAUAUUCAGAUUUUCGCUGAGGAGCCGAGUCAGUGACCUGGCUGCCCAGCGGUGGUACAGCAACUGUGGUGACAGGACAUGACGUCUCCGUUCCCUCCUUCAGGGAAUGAGGGUUACAUACAUAACUGAGAUGCUCCCUUUCAGUCGGUCAUGUUCGAUGUCACAUCAAGUGAACCACCGAAUUGUGAAUCCUUACCAAAGCGCCACUGAUGCUGCCCCUUCCAGUGCCUUGUGUAAGCCUCCAGAUCCCACCAUUCCUAUCCAGUCCAUUAGGAGGGGGUUGGUGCAGCAAGCUGACACUAAGCUGGGGCCUCUCGGUGUCUCUGACCACUUGAGGUGAGAACACUGGAGGAUACCAGCUCUAUGCAAAGGCUAUAUAAUCUAGGCACCAUAUGCCAGCACCCAGGAGGAUGCAACACUUCUGGUAGAGUGAGCUCGCAACCUGAGCGGGCAGGGCACACCUUGGGCUUGGUAUGCCAAGGCGAUGGCAUCCACUAUCCAGUGGGCCAUUCUCUGCUUGGAGACAGCCUUUCCCUUCUGUUGGCCUCCAUAACAGACAAAGAGCUGCUCUGAGGUCCUGAAGCUUUGCGUUCAGUCCACGUACAGUCACAGAGCGCGGGUUGGGACAGAGCAAAGCUAGGGCUGGGUCUGCCUCCUUUAAGGGCAGCACUUGCAGGUUCACCACCUGGACAUUGAAGGGAGUGGUGGGAACCUUGGGCACAUAGCCGAGCAGAAGUCUCAGGAUCACGUGGGAGUCAGCUGGCCCAAACUUUACAAUUAGUUGACCGAAAAUGCCUGCAGGUCCCCUACCCUCUUGAUAGAACCAGGGGGAACCAGGUCUGACUGGGCCAGCAAGGUGCCACUAACAAGCACUACUGCUCCUCGUCGUCCCUGACUUUGCAUAGCGUCUGUGCAAGUAGGAUCACUGGGGGAAAUGCGUAUUUAAGCAGGCCCCUGGGCCAGCUGUGUGUCUGUGCAUCCGUGCCGAGUGUUCCCUCAGUCAGGGAGUAAAACAGCUGGCAUUGAGACGUAUCGGGAGAGGCAAUGGAGAUGGCUGGUGAGUUGCGACAUGCGACGGGAGGGUAGACCACCUUGCCAGUUAAUGUACGCAAUGGUCGCAGUGUUGUCCAUACGGACCAAUACGUGUUUGCCCUGUAGCGGCUUUUUUAGGAAUUAAGAAUUUUUUUCACAGGAAAUUUUCACGUUUAAAUAUGUAAUUUUGGUGAUUGGAGUUUUAAGGGAUAAAAUUAUUGACUACAGGGGGACUUUAAAUAAAGUUUCAAGAGAAUUAACAAAUCACAGAUUCUUGGUUUUAUUGAGUUUUACAAAAUGUCCCAACUUUUCUUGAUUUAGAGUUUUAUAUACAUUUAUUUAUAAUUCUUUUGUUGUCCUAAUAAAUAUUAAACAUUAAUGAAUGUUUUUUCUUAACCUCUUGUAAAUUAAGGCAUAUUUUUCUUAUUCCACAGAAUCAGAAAUUUACAAUAAAACUGAUGGUGAUGGAUGGUGUUACAUUGCAAAAUGUGUCAAAACAGAAGAGAAAAAGUGUGAUGUGAUAAAAUUAUCACAACCCUGUUUAACAACAGUAUUGCCCUCAGGUCACAACUGUGAUAAAUAUAUGCCUCCCCUUACAGAUGGUGAAUCUAUUCAUGUGGGAAAUUGCUAUAUAGGCACAUGCAUAAAUGGUACAAUAGAGCAUAAACCAGUACACUGUGAUCCUGUAGAGUAUCCUGUGUGUGAGAACAAAUUUUCACCCCUAAAAAUUGCUGACAAGUAUGGAUGCUGUUUUAAAUACGAGUGCCAGUGUGUCUGCAGUGGCUUUUUCAACCUACAUUAUAUCACAUUUGAUGGAACAUAUUACCCUUUUCAAGGAAACUCCACUUAUGUGCUUGUGCAAGAAAUUGAUACGAAGUAUAAUUUUAGUGUUGUAGUUGAUAAUAUCUGUGAUUCUGAAGAUGGUCUUUCCUGUCCCAAGGCCCUGAAGGUUCACUACAAAUCUUCUGAGAUCAUCAUGACUCAGAGGAUUUCUGGAGGAAUUGCAAUGAAUUUGAUUUAUGUAAACCACAAGAAAGUCAAGUUGCCAUUUCAAAUGAUAGGUGUCCAUGCCACAGAGAAUGAUAAAGAGUCUCUUGUAGUCAUAUCUGAGAUUGGUGCACAGAUCUCUUUUACCGGCACAAUGUUUUCCAUCAACCUCCCAUGGCAGAAGUUCCAUGGUAACACAGAAGGCCAUUGUGGUGUGUGUGAUAAUAACCAAACAAAUGAUUGUCGCUUGCCAAAUGGCACCAUUAUAUCAUCUUGCCAAGACAUGGCUCCAUAUUGGUAUGUUCACAAUAACAACAACAACAACAACAACAACAACAGCCUUCUGUCAUCAAGACAUGAGUCCACGUCAGUGCCAUGCCCUUCUUCUGCAAUAUGCAAAAUCAUUGAACACAAGCUCUUUGAGGAAUGCCAUAAGUUCGUCCCUCCUGAGCCCUAUGUGUCAGCAUGUAACAACGAUGUGUGUAACAUGAACAACAAAACAGUUGGCUGUGCCACACUGCAGGCCUAUGCUAAGAAAUGUGCUAUGGUAGGAGUAUGUGUAGACUGGAGAGAUGCUACCAAUGGAGUGUGUGAUUUUAAGUGUAAAAUGCCACAGAUAUAUGUAGCAUGUGGUCCUCAAGUGGAACCAGCCUGUAAUGGAAGAUUUAAUGUAAAAUAUUUACAUGGCAGUAAUGAAUUCAGUAAUUUGAAAUCCAUGCUAAGGGAGGGAUGUUACUGCCCAAGUGGUACUACACUUUUACGACAUAAUUCUAAUAUCUGCGUUUCAAGCUGUGGUUAUAAGGACUAUCAGAAACAUGGGGUCACUAUCUGAGGUUUGCAGUUCCCCUGCCGAACACCAUUCAGCACCGAUUUCAGCAACACACCAGCAUGAGAACCAGCACCAUUUCGGCAAAAAAGGGAUAAAAGAACGGUUACACCUGAAUCAAAUUGUUACUAUUAAAUGUUAAAUGUUUAUUUUUUUUUUAAUGUUUUAAAUGUAGGUAAUAUAUAAAUUACUAAAAAAGUAUAUAAAAUUUGCUGUAUUUAGAAGUGUAUUCAUACAAUAUAAAGGACAUAUUGUGUAAACAGUAGUGGAGCUGUGUUUUUUUUUUCUUUCAAAAUUGAACAGAUUGAAUAAAUGUAGAAAUAAAAUAGUUGUGACCUAUGAAUUACUCUAACAUCCAACUUGCUUUCUCUCAAUUUCUAACAGUCAUCACUGUAUCAAUAUCUGGUGUGAGAUUGUUCUUUAAAGCUACGCUAUUUAACUUUAACAAAAAAUGUAAUUGAAUGUUAUGUCAAAAUUGUAUUAACCGCUGCUGUUAUUGUCUUAUCAUUUUAUUAAAAGGAAGGUUGUCAAACUACAAUAUUAAAGUUGGCAUGAAACUGAAGUUGUGAUAGUCCUUUUUUCCCUAUUGUGACAUAUUUCCAAGUGACUUGGCUUCUGGAACAAGAGAAAAAUGUAGGGCGGGACUUGAUUUUGUCCAUGGGGAAUUGAUUGGAUUAUUGUG